CACGAGUACUCGCAGUUCAUUUGCCUAGGCGAGUCACUCACAGAAAGAGUCGCAAACAAUUUUAAGCAAUACUCGCAAUGAUUUCUGGCCCUAAAAAUCGUGAAAUCGCGCAGUUCAAACACAAAAAACUCAUCUGGAACGCAAAUGAAAGAACACAUUUUUUUAGUUAGGGUUUUUGGGCGUGAUUCCAACGCAUAACACUAGCACGAGUCCAGGGUGUAACGACAGGCACGACUCUAGGGCACAAUGAUGAUAGUUGAUGUCAACUCAAGGAGGAAUUUCUCGGAAAAUGCAGAUGAAGUUCAACAAGAAGAAACCGAAGCUCGAAUCCAAAAUUCAAACAAAGUGGAGGAAAGUCAGUGAUAUUGACUUUGGCCAUGUUGACAUUGAAGAUUUCAAGAAGAGGACGUACGAGUCAGAUGAUUGCCUACCUUCACCACUUGCACGUAAGAUGAUGCGAAACGGAAUUGUCCACGCAGCUGGAUUCCCUCCAGCAAUGCAAUGUUAUGAGCUAAUGAAUGUGGACAUAGGUCCUACCACAAAGGAACAAGAAGUUCAGGAGUUGGAUGAUUCAGUCAAUGCCAUCAAAGAAAGGCUAAGGAGAGAAGUUGAAAAGAAGAACAAACUCAAGGAAGAAAAUGAACAACUGAAGGGUUAUAUCCAGCACUUGGUAAAUCCCAUCAACAGAGAAGAGGCAGCAAUCGCUCCACCUUUGAUUCUUCCACGAGAGUCAUUUAAAAAUUUUGAAGGAAUGAAGAUGGCAGCCCAAGAGGCUAAGGAAUGGAUUGCUGAAGUUGCAAAUAAGGCCAUCAAGUUCGUGGAAGAAUUGGCACAAGUCUAUGAUUAGGUCUCUUCAUUUAUGUACAGAAUCCAAUGCAUAGCCGAAUUUUGGGAGGAUUUUCAGACUGUUUAAGAGAAAACAAUCCCAUGUCUAAAGGUACUGAAAGGAAUCCCUAAGCGGGACUUGGUCAAUGGAAACGUGAUUGAUACUGUGGCAUCAUUUGACUUCAAUACAUGGUAUCAUGCCUUGGUGGCUAAAGGAGAAGUCUUGGAAAGGAUGAAGAGUGAUGGUGCCUGAAUUGAAGAAAUGAUCAAGGCCAUCCAAGACAAGGUCUUCAUCAUAGUUGCCGAUGUGCUUGAACAGGAAAUAGCCCGAGAUAGGGACUUGGACGUGGAAAACUUGAAGGCCAAAGUUCAAAACAACUUUUCCACUACUGCAAGCUCAGUCCAAGGACAACAUUUCAGCAAGGCAUCUUCUUUCAUGUCCAUUGAAGGUAAUUUUUGAAAGCUGGAAAUUGAUUGGAUAGCCACCUUUGCCACAUGUCAAGAUGAGAUAGACUUGAUGGAGUGCAAAAUUGACAUCCUGCCAAGUGUCCGAAUGGAGGAGUUGGGUCCCAUAGUAACUAGGUUCAUCAAAUUUGCUGCUAAGGAAAAGGAUAAGGGAUACCCGCUUCUAGAAGAAAGCUGGAUUAAUUAGUUGUUCAUUUCUCAUUGGUCUAUAUUGGAUAACUAUGCUAGUUUGCCCUAAUUAGGUUUGUUGUUUAAUCUUGGCCAUUGAUCUUAAAUCAAUCCAGGCUGUUGCUUUGUAAUAAGGGUGCCUAUAUAAACCCUCCUCAUUUCAUUUAUUUCAUAUGAGAGACUUCGGAGAAAUUGUUGUAGUGAUACUUCCUAAGUGCUAAGACAUAAAUUCGUUGUUCAAUUGUUGGU